AAAACACGGUUUUUUCUAAUGUUUUUUUCUAUUAGAAAAAAAAAUGUUUUUUUUACAUCUCUAGUUACACCUAUGCGACAUACUAUCAAUUUGUCCAUUACAAAGUGAAAAAUUAUCAACUUACUUAAUGAGAAAAUAUUUUCUCUCAUAGAUAUCUAUAUGUCGAUCUAAUUUCAUAUCAUGAAAAUUGUUUUAAAAUAUUUCCAAUAUAAUACUAUGCAUCAUAAUAAUGUAUAUACGUAUAAAGUCUAUUAUACCGUUAAACCGAUGAGGAUAAUAAUUAUGUAAACAAAAUAAAACUCGCGCAUUUUUUUUCGCUCGCUGCUGUACUUACACUUUUUAUUGAAUUAUGAAUUAACAUAAGAGCAGAGAUUAUUCUUUUCCUUCUCAGACUGUUAUAGAUGUAUUUAAAGAAAUAAAAAAUACCAAUGUAGCCGCUGCAAUUGUAUCAGCUGUAUCAAUUAUUAUUCUUGUUUUUAACAAUGAAUUUCUGAAGCCAAGAAUGAGCAAAAAAUGCAGCAUACCAAUACCCAUUGAACUUAUUGCAGUGGUUAGUGGGACAUUGGUCUCUCGAUAUUGUGACUUACCAAAGAUUUAUGAUAUUGAAACCGUGGGACACAUUCCUACGGGAUUACCCAAGCCGGAAGUGCCAAGUUUCGAACUAUUACCCCUAGUAAUGGUUGACAGUAUUGCAAUAACCAUGGUUUCAUAUACCAUCACUAUAUCGAUGGCGUUGAUAUUCGCGCAAAAGCUUAGUUAUGAGAUAGAUUCGAAUCAGGAGUUGCUUGCAAUGGUGAGAUAUUGAUAUAUCUUGACAAUUAUCAGGGUUGGGUAGUACCUAGUGAAAAAGUUAAAAAAGUUAAAUAAUUUUAACUUAACUAAUUACUU